GGCAUCACCAAGCUGUCCCAGACAGCAUACAUUGAGAGUAUGCUGAAGCGGUUUGAUGUAACCACGACCGCUUUCACCCCUGCUGCCACCGAUGCCGACCUUGGGUCGAAGGGACAUGACGAGCCCGCGGUGGAUAAGCCUGUGAGGGAGGCGAUCGGAUGCCUGAUGUGGACGAAGCUGACGAGGCCAGACAUCGCCCUGCCUCUGAACAAGCUCCAGAAGAUCGCCCACUCACCCACCGGGAGGAUAUGGAACGCGCUUGUGCGGAUCAUGUCCUACCUGAACUUCACGAAGGACUUCGGCAUCAUCUACGUACGGGGGUCAGGACUAGACCAAAGCGUGUUUGUCGAUGCCAGCUACGCUGACAGCGAAGUAGACGGGCGUUUUACGACCGUGCUAGCUGAGGCGUUGUUUGUGCGUGGCGUUCUGUCGUUCAUAGCGCCCGAGACGAGUGGGGCGAAGAUCAAGGUCCUUGAGGACAACAAGGGGGCUCUCGCCUAAAUCGAGAACCCGUUCAGCUC